GAUGUGGUGACGGCACUGCACCUCUCGAGCGCGAUCUUCCGCCGUAUUCAGCUCAACUUCCUCUUCUCACUAGGCUACAACUGCCUCAGCAUCCCCUUGGCAGCUGGCCUUUUCUUUGCCAUCACCGGGAGACCGCUGGCUCCGUUCGUGUCCGGAUUUGCCAUGGCCCUCUCCUCCGUCUCCGUCACUGAGAUUGCAUUUUUAUCAAGGAGCGAGGCACAAAUGUCUAUUGCUUGA